AUGUUGUUACCACCUGUGACAAUCGAUGAUAUAAAGAAAUUCAUUAUAUUCAAUGUUGAAAUUUGCAGAAGAUUAUUAUUGGAUAAAAGAAAUUCUUCGUCGAAAAAAGAUAGCAUGAUAUUACAGUAUGUCAUGCUAUUGGAUUUGAAAGGUGCAGGUGUUUCAACUUUGGAUAUGGAAUUGAUCCCAUUUGCGGUUGAUCUCGCGAGACAUCAUUUUCCUGGUUAUAUAGGUUCGAUAUUUGUCUUGAAUUAUGGCUGGAUGUAUUCCGGAAUAUGGCAGAUAUUCAAAAGAAUCUUACCCGAAGAAUCGUUGAGUCGCAUAUUUUUCCCUUCGUCAAACAAAGAAUUGCUGGAUUAUUUUGAUGAUGACGAUUUGUUGUUGGAACAUGGCGGGAAUGAUGACUAUCAAUACAACUUAAAGAAUUACGAUAUUUAUCAAUUAUACGGCAAACCUUCCUCUGUAUUAUCGAUGCCAAAAUCUUUGUACAGGGUUACUUCAUUCGAUUCAUCCCAUGAAGUAUUCUUCACGCCUUACUCCACUCCUUAUUCAAGUAGACCAACAACACCCAUUGGCGAUAAUAACAAUAAUAUGUCUCCUUCUGUUAUAAAUAUUCGUCCGCCAUUCAAGCAUCGUUCAUCGUCUUCCAGUAGAUCACCCAGUAGGCCAUCUAGCAGACCUUCAAGCAGACCUCCAAGUCCUGGAAUGACUCCAAAAUCACCUCGUGUAAUUCCUUUACAACCAUUAACUCCUACUAACACUAACAACAAUGGUAUAGUUUCACCAAAACCAAUUAAACCAAUCCUCACUAAUCAUUUAUCAAAUGAAGAUGACGAGGAGGAAAGAGAUGGAGGACAAAAUAAUUCUUCUUCAUCAAUACUAAAUCAUGAGAUUUCCACAUCUUUGGUUUCUUCACCUACCAACACUAAAAAUUUAAGUUCAUAUUCAGAUUCGCCAAUUUCUACAACUGCCACCACCGCCACAACUGGUCUAUCAAUACCAAAAUCAAGAUUGUAUAAAUUAACUCGAAUACAUAAAACUCUCAAAAUUUAUUUUGAAAGAUUACUGUACAGAUUCAUAUCACGUAGAGUAACUGGCGUGCUAUAUUAUAUGGUGAUGUUUGUGGUUUUCCGUGGUGGUUUGUUCAACGAAUUUUGGAAAGUAAUAACACAGAAUGCCUUCUCAACUUGA